GGAAGAGAAAGUUGGGAGGAAAUAGCCCAGGAAAAGUGACACUCGCGGAGCCCGCCGGAGCGCGGAGGAAAUAAAAGCGGCGGCGGGCAGGAAGUGUGAGGAGGAGGAGGAGGAAGGGGAGAAGAAGGAGGCGGAGGAGGAGGAAAAAGAAGAAGAAGAAGAAACAGCAGCAGCCGCUGCCGCCGCGGCAGAAAAGAAAGCAAAAGCCGCCCGAGGGCUCGGAGCCGGCGGCGCGGCAUCCGCGGGGCUGCGCGGCAUCCGCGGCCAUGGCCCGGGAGAACGGGGACGGCGGCGGCUCCUGGAAGAAGCAGGCGGAGGACAUCAAGAAGAUCUUCGAGUUCAAGGAGACGCUGGGGACGGGUGCAUUCUCCGAAGUUGUUUUGGCUGAAGAGAGGGCGAGUGGGAAACUCUUUGCAGUCAAAUGCAUUCCCAAGAAGGCACUGAAGGGAAAGGAAAGCAGCAUAGAGAAUGAAAUUGCAGUGCUGAGAAAGAUCAAGCAUGAAAAUAUAGUUGCUCUGGAAGACAUCUAUGAGAGUCCGAACCAUUUAUAUUUGGUCAUGCAGUUAGUGUCUGGGGGAGAGCUCUUUGACCGCAUUGUGGAGAAGGGCUUCUACACGGAGAAGGACGCCAGCACGCUGAUCCGGCAGGUCCUGGAUGCUGUGUACUACCUGCACCGCAUGGGCAUCGUGCACAGGGACCUCAAGCCCGAGAACCUGCUUUACUACAGCCAGGAUGAGGAGUCAAAAAUCAUGAUCAGUGACUUUGGAUUGUCAAAGAUGGAGGGUAAAGGAGAUGUGAUGUCCACAGCCUGUGGCACUCCUGGCUAUGUUGCUCCUGAAGUGCUGGCCCAGAAGCCCUACAGCAAAGCCGUGGACUGCUGGUCCAUCGGGGUCAUCGCCUACAUCCUGCUCUGUGGAUAUCCCCCUUUCUAUGAUGAAAACGACUCCAAACUCUUUGAGCAGAUCCUUAAGGCAGAGUAUGAGUUUGACUCUCCAUACUGGGAUGACAUCUCCGAGUCUGCUAAAGACUUCAUUCGGAAUUUGAUGGAGAAGGACCCUAAUAAAAGAUACACCUGUGAGCAAGCAGCACGGCACCCUUGGAUCGCUGGAGAUACAGCGCUCAACAAAAACAUCCACGAGUCGGUCAGCGCUCAGAUCCGGAAGAACUUUGCAAAAAGCAAAUGGAGACAAGCGUUCAAUGCCACGGCAGUGGUGCGGCACAUGCGGCGGCUACACCUGGGCAGCAGCCUGGACAGCGCCAGCGCCAGCGUGUCCAGCACCCUCAGCCUCGCCACGCCGCUCCCCGACACGGCCACGCGGAAAGAUUGUAUGUCUCCAUCCACUCUCUGUAGUUUUGUUUCAUCUGCUUCUUCAGGCGUUUCUGCGGUAGGAGGGGACCGGAGACCCAGAGCCACCACAGUGACCACGGUGCACACGGGCAGCAAGUGAGCGCCGGGGCGGCAGCAGCGGGCGGGGCUGGCAGGCGGCCCCAGAGCCCACCCUGCUCGGCCAAGGACUAGAAGAAAGAAGAUUUUUUUAUGGCCAUAUUUUAUACUGCAAUUCUGAAAUGUUUCAUUUAUCACAAACUGCAAUGACUCCAGGAGGAACGGAAUCUAACAGUCUCUGGUGCUGUACAUAUAUAUACAUAUAUAUACAUAUAUAUAUAAAUAUAUAUAUGUAUGUGAGUCUAGCAAUGUUCUAACUAAUGAACACUCAUUCUUUCCCCCAGUGAUUUACUCUUUUCUCAGUGUAGGUAACAGUAUAUGUUGUAUUUUUUUUCAAUUAACUACAAACAUCUCAACUGGAUUAUUUAAAUAGAAAUACUUUCCUGAGCAUAUUUUUUUCUUUUAAAAAUUACUUCAAGUAAUGUCCCUCUUCCAGUUUGCUGGGGGAUAGGCUAUUUCUGUAGGUAGGAAUUGGCAUUAACUUUGCAACAUGGGAGGAUUUCAAUGGCAUGCCAUUUCUUGCUCCUCAAAUAGGACUGCAAAUCUGUCUGGCUUUAGCAGAGCUGUUACUGCUCAGAUUAACAAACGGCUGUUUUCCCCCACAUCCUCCUCCUUGAAAGCCAUGGGGAGAAUUAAAUUGCCGCCAGCUGGGAGUCAGCUCAUCCUUGGCCUCAUUCCUGUGGUGCUGGGGAUCAGAGGAGAGGCAGGUACACGGAGCCAGGCAGGAGCUGACCAGAGCUGUGCAAGGGAAAUGACAGAGCACGGUCUCACCCUGCAGCUCCCAUCGCUGUGUAUUGUGAGCAGAGGGAGAGAAAAGGAAGGUACGGGGGUGGGAAUAAUCAUCCCCUGCCACUGAUUUGCUGUGCUGCCCUCAAGCAAGACAUUUAAUUCACCAGCCUCUCUGCAGUGUGGCCUCUGGCAUGGGGUGCAUCCAGCCCAAGGGCUCCUUGGGGCUUUGCCAGGCAUUGCUGAUGCUCAGCGCCUCCCAGAGCAGCCAAAAGUGGGGAGAGGAGAGGAGGGGUGCUUGAAGCCCUCUGUAAAGCACUGGCAGGUUCUUAGGUGCAAAGUGCAGGAUCUGGUGUAGUGUAGCUCCAUCAUGAUCAGGAUGACACAGAGUGCUGAGCUGGGGAAGAAGGACCUCGCUGAAAGGCGCAGGCACAGCUGGCAGCAGUGGUGCCACUGGCUCUCCCUCCUCCCCAGGAGCUCAUAUACGAAAGCAAGCCCAAUCUACCCAUUUUUAAUUACUGAGUGCAUGCACUUCCCAGGCUCUUUGUGCUGGUGCAUCUUUCAGGAACAGCCUCCACAACUGCUGUGCUGCUGUGCAUCAAAGCAGCUUGAAACAGAGGGGAGCAAAUUUGCCCAAUUUGCUAAAGGACUCCAGGUUACCUCAAUGAAAUUCCCAUCUGAUUUUGCUUUGAGGAGGUGAGAGGGGAGGCAGGUGGCAGAGGCAGAUGCCCUUCACUGGGCACUCUGAGCCCCUCACAUCCCAGACAGGUCUAUCCCUGCCAGAGGCACAAUUCCCUGCAGCGUGCUCUGUCACCACACUUGCCUCACUUAUCCUGCACAGGAAAUUGUGAAAGCCAGUCACAGACGGAGCUGAAUGUGUCAGGCAAUAGUGCUUGUGCUGGGAAAAGCCAUAAGAGAGGUUUUUUUCAUUGAGACUUCUGUGUCCUGCUCCAGCUUUGGUUGGUUGCCUUCACACGGCAGAGCCAGAAUUUCAUCCAUUAUACUAAAAAAAUACCUUGGGGGAAAAAAAUGCUGGAAAAUAGGUGGCAGUGAGCACUGACUGUUUGAAAUAGCCACUCCUUUGGUGGCACUUGGAGCUGUUGCACCAAUUUUCUCUAGUUUCCCCUGUGUUAAGUUGCUCCCUGUUUUCGGAGGGCUGUGGCACACCUGAGCGAGCCCCAGGGGCACCCUGUGCACCCCACCGUGCUGCAGCUGGCAUGGGAGCUCACACAGGAAAGGCUGCAACUUCAAUUUCUCAAUUUGGGAAAGAGAGCAGAUACUGAACUGUUGGGGGCUUAUAGCAAGACUCCACAUAAUUUCCACAGUGAAGACUUCUGACCAGGAUUUGGGCAGACUGAAGGUCAGGGGAUCUCCUUGCUGCAAGUCACACUCCUGUCCCCAUACCAUGGCCACUGCCACCACACACUUUUUAUUAUCAUUUACAUCUGAGCUCUUUAUGUCUUGCUGCAAAAGCAUGGAAACACAAGUAGAAUACAAUUUAAACUCAGUCUAAGGCCACUUUAUUUUACCAGCCUGAGUAAGGAAGUUUUCGUUUUGAGAGACUCCAACCCCAAGAAAUUCAAGGUAUUUUGAACCUCCAUGACUUCAUAAGCAAGGCUGGCCCUAUUCUGCUCCAGUUGCAGGCCAUAAAUAGACAGUCUCCCAGUCUGGCAUCAGUGGAGUUCCCCACAUUUACACACAUGCAACCAAAAGCAGGAUUUAGUUAGGGAAUUGUUUUGUCUCUGUAGAGCAGUUUUAAAGGUUAGGGCUCAAAUGUUCCCUCUGUGCCUCCUCUUCUGAAACCUGAGGUCUGGUUUGAACUCGACCUCAGCAGUUGCUGUGGCCACUGAUCAAAAUACAGCAUCCAAAUGAAUCUUGCAGAAAAAAGAAAAGCAAGUGGAUUUCCAUGUCCAAAACAAAGAGCAGUGACAGGAGCAAAGGCAGACAUGCUGUCCUGCAGACUGGGGGGUUCCCAUCCCUGGCUGCCCCUCCUUGCUGGGUGCUUUCUGUGGGUUUUUUUUGUUGGGAGGGGUCUUCUUUCCUUCCAUUGUUGGAAUUAGUGUGAUUUGGUUUUGUUUCUGCAAGUAAUAUUCUGCCUUGGUUGUGUAAUUUAUCAUCACUCUCUUGGCUUGCUAUCAACUGCUGGGAUCAUAAGAUAAGAAACAGAAGCACUUAUGAGCAAAAUUGUUUCUUUCUGCUACACUUUUGGUGGUGGGGAGCUCUUCUUUGGAAUCAGUGAAACACAGCUGGAGACCUGACCCAGGUUCACCAAAUGCUUAGAGAUCUCUCCUGAAGCAUCACGUGGUUAAAAUUUCUCAGUCUAAGUCUGGGUAAAUCUGUUACCUGGGGGACUUGGCAGCACCCAGCCCACAUCUGUGGGGGUGGGCUGGAGACAUUUGCCCCUUGGCAGCACAGCCUGAUAGGGCAAACACUCCAGCCUUGCUUAUCAGGGAUGUUCCAGUGCUUUUGCAUGUCCUUCCCCUGUCCCAGCCUGCUUCUGCUCAGCCACUCUCACAGGAGAAUGCAAAGGUAGAGAAAAUAAUGUAGGGAAAGGGGAAAGGCUAAAUAGCCCCACAGUAGAAGCUUCAAAACAAAUCCCCAGCUGGCCUUGCCAUGAAGGACUAGGUAGAAAAGUCACUCUGGGCUCUUUUCCAAUGAACUGUCCUGCUAAACAAUCUGUGAUUUGCUGCUUGCAUGAGGACUUCAGCCUGGACUCUGUUACCCUUUUCUGCUUUACUUUAUUGGUACCAAUGGGUUUUUCCUUUGUAACUUGUUUUCCUCAGCUCCUUCCCCUUCUUUUUCUUUGCUUGCAGCUUUGAUUGUUGAUUUUUACCUCCAGAGUCACAGAGGCCAUCUCUGAUGCCAACAGCAGUGCUCUUGCUGGGAAAACAAAACAAACAAACAAAAAAAAUCCAGAAAAGCUCCAGCUGGCCCCUUAGCCUGCAGAAGAAGUUGUGAGGACAGGCUGCCCGUGAACUCUGCGAGCUGAAAGUCAGUAUUGCAGUGGCAAGGGCUUCUGCUGAUGAUUUUGCAUGUGACUUCAUUCCCAGUGCGUCCUAACUCUCUGCUGGAUCACCCCCUCUGCAGCACACAAUGGAUACUGGCCCCGCGACACGGCUGGUGGGGAAGUAGGAGUGUGGGGAAAACCUGGCAGUGUUGCUUUCCUGAGACUGUGUCACUCACUCUGCUGCUGCUGCUGUCACCUCUGUCCUGGUUGCUGUUGUACAGGUGCCGUUAGAGUAGUGGGUACAAAAAAAAAAAAAAAGAAAAAAAAAAAAGAGUAGGAUUUUACCUAUGCCCUGUGUGUGUGUGUGUGUUAUGGUUGUGGUGCUGAAAUAAAACCAAGAAAUUUGGUUCAUUCCUGACAUGAAUCAAACCACAAAAAGGGGUGUGAUCCCACUGGUAGACAUCUCCAUUUAGUUCUGCUGUAGGCAAUGAAUAGGGGUUUCUGCUGUGCAUGUGUCCUGCAUACCUCCAUGGCUAUUGACAGUAUUUUUUAAAAUUAUCAGUUAUUUUGGGUCCCUGCCUGGUUCUGAUGAAAUUAAGGUCUUGUCCUAAGAUUUUUUUCUGUCCCAGGGCCAGCAUAACCCCUGAUCUCAGGCUUUUCUCCCCAAACCCUCUGCAAACCAGAACAUGGGCCUCCAGGGUGCCCAUGAAAUGCAGUUGCAGCUGGCCCCAAGGUUGUCCCCUUCCUAUUUUUAGGGAAGCAAACCUCCAGAGAAAGCCAGAUAGCUUUCAGCCAUUGGCAAGCAGAGAGAAUAUUGCCCUUUGAUGUGAACUUGGCAUUAACAAGAUCAGCUCUAGGGAAACCUGUGCUAUUACUUCCUCCUGUGAUAACAGCUCCAGCCCUGAGCAGCACUGAAUGAGCACCAGAUAAAAACACCAGACUGACUUUGCCAGCAAGAUCAUGCAGGCUCUGGCCUGUUCCUUUUGCUCUUUCCAAAGAAUCAGGGGAUUCAUCUACUGGCAAAAUAAGUUUCUAGGCUGAGCCCCAAGGUACAGAAGUAGCUUCCAUUCAGCAUAUGGAAAUUCUCAUUUGAUGCAAUUAUUGCUGUUCUUGCUGCCAUGAAUAUUUACCUGUCUGAAUUGGGGGGUGAAUGCAUCCCAAAAAUUAUUAAUGGGAAGGAAGUUUUGCCUUCCUUAUUGUGCUUGUUUGCUCCAGAAACUCCAACACUCAUUCAAGCAAAAAGCAGAAACACACAUGGAGACUAUGGGAUCAAAGGAAAACAGCAUCAAGACCAAGAGUGGAGGAUUAGUUGGCAAAUAACUGUCAGCAAUGGCUGAGUGAGGGAACAGCAACCUGCUCACAAACACUGCAUGAACUCUUAUUUCCCCUGGUAAGCCAGUCAUCCCAUAUUUCACACCCAGCAGCAAGUUUUACCCAAUCCCUUUUGUUUUCCCUCACAUCCCUGCAGCAGGGUCCUGCCUCCCCAGCCUGUCUGUGGGGUGCUCUGCUCUCUGUGACACACGUGUGUUUUUGUGUGUGCACAUUGUGGCCCCAGGGAUCACAGAUCCCUUCAGUGGGUCAUCAGGAGCUGGUCCAGGUUUUUUGGUCUGACUUUGCGUGGUUGGGUCAAAGCUGUGUAAAUAGUGUCUGUAGCAGAGGAUGGAGGCUCUUUAGCCUGGACUCUGGAUUUCAAGACCCCCUUCCCCACCACAAAUAGUGCCACUUAUCUGUCCAGGUAGCUUUUUUUUUCCCCUCCUCUUCAUAAAUGCUAAGGUCAGUCGAAUGGCUCUUACAGUUUUUCAUCCUCCAGAGUGGAAUCAGGGCAUGUGUGCUCGCAAGCGUUGUGAAAAAAACACUGCUGAACUAAUGAUGGCAUCAACUGUCCAAUAAAUGCAUGAUACUGCACUGCAUGUAUUAAACUGCUCUUCACUGUUUCUGUACUUCCUGAGCCUUUUCUUUAUCCACGUUCAACCCCACCUUCUCUCUGAGGGAGUUACUUCCAUGUAUUGCUUUUAAAUGACUCAAUGUAUCUGUAACUCGAAAUCCAUUGUUAAGUUUAAGUAAAUGCAAAAGCUGAUGUUUUGUAAACAAGAUAUACUGCAAAGCCUGGUAAUGUAUUUUGUCUUUCUGUUGAGUGCUGUGCAGCAUGUACAGGAAGAGUCACCAUCCAGAGCAGCUUAAAAUUAGGCAGCAGUCACAUACACAGAUGUCGAAGCAGGGAGCUGGGGAGGUGAGAAUCCCUUUUUUAAUACAGCACUUACAAAUUUGAUCUGCAUAAAAAAUUCCUUCCCUGGGUCACUAACUCUCAGAGCUGCCAAGAAACAUGUUGGUGUGUCUCUUUGUUUUUUUCUUUUUUCCUUUUGGUUAGUUUUUCCUAGUGAAAAUUCAGAUUGGUUCACUCAAUUCUUAGCAUUUUCCUCUUCCUGCAAGAUAGUUCUUUCUCACCUGUUGCAGAAUGAACUGCAUUUUGGGGACCAAGAUGCUGUGAUUCUUUGCCUGCACAAAAUAGGGCAGAGAGCUGAGCUAAACCAUCUCAUCCUUUCCAAAGCAUCACCACCUAACUACUACCACUUUAUCCCUGAACCUCCAAGGAAUACCAUUUAUCCAUGGAAGACUUUGGUGUGGUAUCUUUCCUUCCUCCACAUGGAAACCAUGCCCUUGCCUUCUCUUCCCUUAGUCAUUGACCCAUUUUCAUCUGUGCUGGUCUUUCCAUGGCAGGGUACAGGGUUGCUCCAGCCCAAACCUCUUGCGGGCAUCACCAGGGCUUUGGUCCCAGCUCCUGAGUGGCUGCUGUGUGGAAAAUCCCUGAGUUCCCAUCACUCAAAGCAGAGUCAUCUGAAAGGACUGGGAAUUACUCUGCGUUCCUGGCAGGGGCAUGCCAAACAGCAGGCCUGGGGAGCAAGCACCAUGCUGGUGGCAUAGUCCUUGGAAAUUAUUCUCCAUGAUGGCCAAAAACACUGAGAAGUCUUGAGCCUCCCUUCAAGGCUGGUGCUCAGCCAGGGCUGUGCCAUUGCCAAAUCACUGUGUGGCAGCACAACAAACCCUCAAUUACAGUUGUAAACCAGCCUGAGUUCAGAUGGCCGUGCUCAGCACCUGGUGUGAGGCUCCAUGAGGAGGUUUGCUGUUUGCUGUGGUUCCUGGUGGGUGGGAGCUCCCAGGGGGUUGCUCAGAGCAGCUCUGAGCUUUUCCAUCUCUCGUCUUGCAUCCCCUGAGCCUCACACAUGGCAUCACACAUGCUGAGUCUUAUUAGAUCAAGCAUGACCCCCAAAGUGAAGAGUGUGGAAGGUUGCGGCUCCGUUGAUGCGACUCAUGUUUUGGUCAACACAACAUCAGUGACCUGGUGUACAUUGACCUCUAGUUGAGAAACAAUAUUUUGGCCCUUUUGGGCCUUUUUUAGAUGGAUAUUGUAUUUGAGCCAGAAAACAGUGGGAAAAAAGAGCCUAGUCUGCCCAGAAUAGUGACUCCCCAAAUAUCCCCAACUGCAAAACAUCCCUCAGUUGACUUCUAAUGAAAAUGCAAGCAUGUUUUCUACAAAGGCUUUAAUCUUAAUCAAGGAAUGUCAGUGUGCCUAAUAUUGCAGGUCUUGUGAUUGAUAACAAGUUCAUAACAGCAUCCAUGUCCAAAAAGAAGGGAGAAUGUGUAUUUACUCCAUGCAUGUAUUAAGGCAUUGCAAAAGUUUUAUCUGUAAUGAGUUUGCAGUUCUGCAAAUUGUUAACGGGGCUACAUCGCAAGUGGUUCUCUGCCUUGACAAUCAUGUAUACAUAUCGAGAUUUCUAUCAUAAUGACAAUUUAAAGGGAUGACUAAUUGUUUUCCUCCAAUAAAUCCAAUUAAAUCAG